CGACCGUUUCUUGUCAGAACACUACAUUUGCAUUCCAAUCAUGCCAUCACCACUACCCCAAAGCGAACAAGACCAACGGCGUCCACACUCCCUCCUCUUACCACUCUCUCUCCCAACCCUCUCCUCUACGCUCACCCGCAGCCUCAACCUUAUAACCGCCUCAAUAACCCAACUCUGCAUCCCCAAGCCCACUUCACCACCGCAGUUGACAAUUAUACUCUCCAGCCCAGACCUAACCUCCACAACACACACUCCGGUCCAAAAAUGGGGAGAAAUCCAAUCGCUCUUGUGCAAGCUCUAUACAGCCGCGUCGAACACGGCUUACGGAUUGCAUGUCCCUCUGGUAAACGUUGAUAUUAUAUUUGAAGGAUGGUGUGGGUAUGACCCGUGGCUCGCGGAGGAUGUGGAUGGGUUUGUUGGAUACCCUGAAGAUCAAGUCCUUCUGGCGACUGUCAACGUUCGAAGAGGGAAAGAUAACCUUCAGCACCUUCAUCUAAUUGAGAUUCCUGAGCCAGACAUUGCAGAUAUCGAUGAACCCAUCUCUAAUCCAUCGCCGCCACUAUCAUCGACGACGGCGGGAGACAGGCCAGCCGCUUACGAUCAUGUAGCACUGGGAGGUACAUUUGAUCACCUUCAUAGUGGACACAAGAUUUUGCUGACGGCUGCAGCCUGGUUGACUAGAACGAGAUUGGUAUGCGGUGUCAUGGACUUGAGCCCCGACCGCCUGUCCCGCAAAAAAGCAUCGAGUAAAAUGGAACCCCUCGAAUUUCGCCUCGCCAAUGUACGAGCCUUUCUAAAUCGCAUUCGAGGAACCAAGAUUGCUUAUGAUGUCGUACCCAUUUCGGAUGAGUAUGGUCCUACGCGCUAUGAUGCCACUUUGCAGGCGAUUGUGGGAUCCGCCGAGACCCUUAAAGGAUGUGAAGCUGUGAAUACUUUGAGAAAGGAGCAAGGUUUAAAUCCACUCGAUAUUUAUACAAUUAAUGUAAUAUCGCCCAAAUCUGCCAACGUUGAUCGCGAUAACAUGAGGUUGAAGAUUAGUUCUACUGCUAUUCGGCAGUAUCUGGAAGAACAGGAUCGCAAUACAUAGAGUCCACUGUCACCCGAAUGUGAGGCGGAAUAAGCUUUCACUGAAUGUGUUCUUAGUAUUACUAUUGUUUUUGUACUUUAUGUAACCAAUAUCGGCAUACCGCAAGUGCCAGCACUACCCGUACCGCCAAAUCCAAUA